UAGGCACGCACUCAGGCACCUACAGGUAGACAGGCAGAAAUAAGAGCUUGCCUGGAGUGGCUCCUGUAAACACAAAGGCAGCUGCAGUCCCAAAAAGGGAACCACUUAUAGUCACACUGGCCCAGCAAAAACUGAAUUUCUUUUGGUCUAUUGUUGUUUGUUUGUUUUGGUUUCCAUAGUUAGUUAAGAGAGUCUUUAAAGGGGGAUGACUCAAAUGAUUUUUUAUGUUAUUUCUUUUUACUUUCAUUUUCAGCAACGCCAAAUGCUCAGCCUGAACAAAGAGACCGGUUAAGCUACUCUCCUGUUUCCUUCUUUCAGCCUUGAAUCUGACACUACAGAAAAAUGAGAGGAACUAGACGCCGAGGGUGUGCUGUGUUCUCACGCUGGUUUUGUGGUCACCUUGCUACAUGAGGCUGUCACAGGAUGUCUGUCAGCAAUUCGAUCAGACAGCUAAGAAGACCACAGAUGUUCCACUUCCUUCUGCUUGAGAGUGAAGUGUACAGAAGGCAUCAGCAGCCACUUACGGAUCAAUUCAGGCACACAGAAACAGAGAGAUGGAAACUCCUGAGCGGCUGGAGCGAAUUCCACGACGCCUCCGGGUGUCCCUACUUCUACUCUGCUUGAGCACAGCUGUGCAGUGGGAUGUGUGUGAGAGCCAGAGAGUCAUCGACAUAAAUAAAGGCCCCCUGUAUCGCGCAGCCGGCUACCCGCUGGAAAUCUCCUGCAACGUCAGCAACGUGGCAAGCUACACUCGACAGCACUUUGAGUUCUCCAUCUAUAAGCUGGCCCAGCCCAACCAACCAAUCAACAUCAUCAGCACCAAAGACCCCAACUUCGCCUAUGCCAAAUAUUCUACAAGAGUGAGAACCAAAGACAUCGAGAUUGAGCGUAAGAGUGACUUCUCUGUGCUACUUCACAUCAAAAGCACGGACGAUUUGGAUGCAGGAGAAUAUGAGUGCUCCACCCCCAAUCCAGAUGGCUUGUAUUACGGCAGUUAUGCCGAAAAGACCAAGAUAAACAUCAUUCAGGACACUCUGAGUGCCUCUUCUGAUGACAUUGACCUGUCCAAGACGGAGGGAGAGUCACUCAUGCUGGACUGCGAGGUGUCUACCCAAAGCUUCCAGCACACCCACCUGUCUGUCACCUGGUACCUGCAGGCGGCUGGGGACAGCCAGCCCCACCCUAUUAUCCAACUAGACCGGGAUUUUUCUCUGAAGCCGGGGGAAGGCUUUGAGGAACGGUACCACACCGGCCUGCUCAGCUUCAAUAAGGUGGGUGGAACCACCUAUCGGCUGGCUCUGUCUAAGGUACAGGUGAACGACCAAGGCACCAUCUUCUGUGAGGGCAGUGAGUGGAUCCAGGAUCCAGACCUUUCAUGGUACAGACUGGCCUACAAAAGAACCAACGGGACAAACCUCCAGAUCCAGCCAAUGACUGCUGAUCCAGACUUCUUUAGUGUGCACUUGGAGACCCCUAAGGAGGGUGUCCGGGAGGGUGAACUUCUGAAGAUGAAGUGCACAGUGGAGGCACAGAAUCUUCCAGAUCGAUAUUUCACUGUGGCUUGGCUGCGGCUUGGCAAGGAGGUGGCCCGUGUUGGCCCCACAGGAGUGCCCUCUGUCACCCAGGAUUACGAACGCAGGGAGCAAGAAGGGGAGGUCAGCGUGGUGAAGAAGAGUGACAAGGACUACAUGCUGUUCUUUAGGCCUGUCAGACUGGAGGACCAGGGGGAGUAUCAGUGCAAGAUCUGGAGGGACAACAAGGGAGAAGCGGGAGCCUUCAUUCAGGGGCCGAGCAAUGAGUCCAAAGUGGAGAACGUGCGGAUCACUGUCACAGAAAGCAACUUGACGGUCACUUCACCAAGCCUGAUGGUGACUACCAUCCAUGGCAGUGUGCUGCAGGUCUCCUGCACAGUGACAGGAGCUAAGGGACAGGUGUCUGUGACCUGGCAGCACAUGGAUGGCCAGGGACCCUUCAGUGAUGUCAUCACCCUGAAUCAAAAUGGAAUAAUGGAUCCCGCUCUGCGAUUCCAGCAGAGGAUGGAAAUGGGGGACGUACAGGUCCACCGUGUGUCAGCCAGCUCCUUCACACUCAAGAUAGCCAAUGCACAGCCCACAGACUCAGGGACUUAUAAAUGCAUCGCAUCUGACUGGGUGACCGAUAGCAAUGGGAAUCUGAAAAAGGCUGACAGCAAGUCCCAGGAGCUCAAAGCUAUUGUCCAGCCUAUUAGAUCCCUCAUACGUGCAUCUUUAAGCGGCCGCAAAGUUCAGGAAGCGAAGGAAAACGACACAUUAGAACUCAUCUGUAAAGUGAAGAGGCCCAAGAUACCUUUAUCAGUGACAUGGAAGUUUAAGCAUGAAAAUGCAACGUCUGAAGAAGAAAUAGUGUCGCUGCUGCAUACUGGUGAUAUAAGGUGGUAUAAAGAAAGCCAUACUUAUCAGCCAAAAGCAGAAGUUCAGGAGGAAGAAACCAGCUUCACACUGAAAAUGUACAGGGCCAGCAUCUCAGAGGCUGGCUCCUACCAAUGUGUCAUUGAGACAUUUUUAAGACAAGUGCAAGUGUCAUCGAUUCCCUCCAACCACUUACGUGUGAUUAUUACACGACCAGUGAGCACCUUGUCCAUCACAAUGGGACCUCCAUCUCCCCUGAAGUAUAAUGCAAACUCAGAUGUUCUGAUGGAGUGUCGCAUCCUCAAGUCUACAGUCAACUCCAGCCGCUUUUCUGUCUCCUGGCUUGUCCAAAGGGAGGGAAAGGGACAUCACACACUUCUCAGUAUGGAUCAUGACUCUGUCACCUCUGGGAUCCAAGGAGAGAAAAGGUUCAGCCUAAUGAGAAGUGAAGCCCAGCUGUACACACUGAUGAUCAGGCAGGCUAAGCCUUCUGAUAAUGGUCUGCACUACUGCCAGGUGGAAGAGUGGCUGCAAGACCCACAUGGGGUCUGGUAUACGCUGUCCUCACAAUCUGCCUCCGUGGAGCUCAUCGUCACACUUCAACAAAGUGAAUUCAGACUGAUGAAAAACAACAUUGAGAUCUCAGUAGCAGAAAACCACCCUGUGACUAUCAACUGCACCUUGGGUUCUGGCAGUACCACAUCUUUGUCUCACUAUUCCAUCACCUGGAACUUCAAUGAAGUCAACUCUUCAGACACAUUGGUGCUAGCAAAAUUUGGACCUCGAGGUGAACUGGACCCUGCAACUGUAGUACCACAAGGGAUGUCUUUCUAUCGAACAGCCCUCGACACCUUCAGGCUGACCAUCCAGAAAGCCAGAGUUAAUGACAGUGGUAACUACUCCUGCUGGGUGGAAGAGCACCAACUAGGCCCAGAAAGCACCUUGCUGCUGAAGGCCUCUGAUGAGUCAGGAGUCACCAGAGUCAGCGUGGAGUCAACAGGACCCGACGCAGUACGGUCUGGCCCCAGCUCCUCUGCAGUGAUCCUGGUUGUGUUUGGGGUCCUUGUGGUUAUCUUGAUCAUCGUGACUGUAGUCCUGUCUCACAUGCUACACCGCCAGUCCGCUGAAAUUAAGAGGAAGAAGGGGUCCCUGUGGACUGAGAGCCAACAAUUGAAGCCACAGCCAGAGCUGUGAACCCAGAACCGUCCCCCAGCACACAUCCAAGUCUUGUCCUCCACAGGGCCAUUUCUCAGGGAUUGCUCAAUGAGUUUUUUUUCUGUUUUUGAGUUCCUAUGUUUUAGUUGAUUAAUGUCUUGCACUAUCAAUCAAUAUUUAAAAUGUGGGCUAUCAAUGAAAAUCAUCCACUAUAAACUUUGAAUAAUAUUACGAUGCUUUCUACUUGAAUGUCUAAUUUAACAAUAAAAGUAUUUUUCAAAUUUAAAGUGCAUUGAUAUUUGACUUUUACAUACAAAAAUGCACAUUUUACAAAGAAUGAUUUGUGAAACUUCUGUACAUAGAACAUACGUUAUGCUCUACAUAUAGCAUAUUCAGCGUUAGAAAGUAGGACAUCUAUGGUCUUCUCACUGCUGUGGUAACAAAACCACAGAAUGCAUCUUUUAGGUAAAUGUUAGCAGCAGUAUCAAAACUAACUAAUACUAAGGAAAAAGCAGAGACACCUCUGUUCAAAGAGAAAUUACAAAAGUACUUUGGAUGAAGUUCCCAUUUUAAUGCUUUGCUAUGUGUGGUUAAAAGAAAUGCACCCCUUGUUUUCUAUAUUGUUUAAUGAGCCACUGAACUCAUGCAACUUCUUAUCUAAUUUCAUAUUGUUACGAUUGAAUGAGACAUGAACAGUUUAAUCAACAUGAGCACUUUUACUUCUCUUUGUUAGAAUCAAAGUACUGAGUUUGUUGAGUGUUUGAAUGUGCUAGUGUGACUGUAUUGAUACCCUUAAUGUUGCAUUUUUUCUGUGUAUUUUACGUAGUGGUAUUUCGGGGUUUUUUGUACAUUGUUUAUUUUAUGAAGAUAAUGUGCAGGAAAACAUCAGAAAAACAGAAACAUAAAAUUACAUUUGCUUUUUCUUUUUUUUUUUUAAUGUGACAACUUUCCUGUUGAUAUUGCUGCACAGGGAGAGAAAGAGCUAAAACACCAGCUUUGUGUACCUUUAUUCAUGUAGCUGUUAAAAUGAAGCUAAUGCAAAAAAUAAAUGGAGAAUGGUUGUUUUAAA